AUGCUCACCGUUGCCGGGGUUUUAUUCCUACACGGCGUGGCGGCCUUCCCGUCCCCCCUGGGCCACGCCUCUGACCGGACCGCUGCCGUCACCGUCGCCGACCGCGCUGCCACCGCUGCCGCCGCCGUCACCCCGGGGUAUUUCCUCAUGAACUGCUACCCGUUCGACAGGGCCGACAUCAGCCCCAAAGAGUGGUGGUUUCAGACCAGCAACGUGUGCAGGCUGCCCGAGACGUCGCGAGACGCGGGGAGGUACCACAUCUGGGAGAACAUGAAGGGCGACACGAAGAGCAUGCAGAGCUGCUUGUUCUCGUCGGGCCAGACGUUUUCGUGGCAGAUUCCGUCUGAUGCGCAGAGCAAAGCUGAUCUUACUGUUGUUGGAAACGGCAACACCCUCAAGCAAGCGCAGACUUGGUCCGGCAUCAAAGACAACAAGAUUACCGGGGUAGUGUGGAACUCCCACCUCUGCAGCAAGAUCUACACGUUCCGGCCGAAAAACAAAAUGGCCGCCGAACAGGGCAUGCCGGGCCGGGGCCCCUUUUGCGAGGCCAAGACAUAUCCGGUGCACGCAUCACCGACGCCGCUCGCGCUGGUCGAGCUGUCGUCAGAGACCAAACACCGGCUGCUCACCGAGUCGUCGGCCCUACAGCCGACCAUGUCCCCACGUCAGGUCCUAGAAAACGUGCGCAACCUGGACUCCUGGGCCGCUGACCGGCUGGGCAGCAAGGGCGAUGCGCUGCAGCGCUUCCGCUUCAAGGCCCUGCAAGCUAUCGCCGCCCCGUCCGGCGACUCGAGACCUGCCUCGGCCGCCUAUCAACAGGCUCCGGACGUCGCCGUUCACGAGAACCCCCUCGCCCCAGUCGACUCGUUCCUCAUGCUCAGCUACUGCUGGCACUACGGCGACUGGGAUAUCGCGCUGGGCUUGCAACACAAGCCAGCCGUCGAGGGGGGCUUCGCGUCGUCCGAGCCGGAGCCGCCAGUCGCGCCCGCCAUGUUCGCCGCCCUUCUCGACGAGCGCCGCGACGAGUCUGAGGCGGCUUGGCUGGACCAGUGGUGCAUCGACCAGAGCAACGAGCAGGAAAAGGUCGACGCCAUCGGCUCCAUGGACCUGCUCUACUCCAACGCGCGCCACGUCAUUGUCUGCCUCGAAGACGUGCGCCUCACUCCCGCCAACGGCGACAUGCUCCUCCGCUUCGGCGACUUCCUAGCCGCCAAAGACUUCGGGCCGGCUGCCGAGGUUCCCCGCGAAGAGCUACUAAACCUCCCUUGGAGCGACGAGGACAAGGGCCAUCUGUGGGAAGCCACGGCGAAACUGUUCACGGCGCGGUGGUUCACGCGUGCGUGGUGCGCGCACGAGUUCUGGAUGGGGCGGGAACACAUCUUCCUGGCACCAGUGACAGCUGACCCGGCCCGCCCCGGCACGUCCGUGGCCAUCCUGCGGUUCAACUCGACGUUCCUGGCCAACGCGCACUUCGCGACGUCCAUCUGGCUGCCGGCGACGAGCCCAACAAGCGCUGAGCGCAUCCAGCGGCACUGGCAGCGGUUCGUCGAGCCGACGCACCCGUACUACUGGCGGGGCCGGCUGGGGUCGUACGACGCGCAGGUGCGCACCAAGAUCGCCUUCACGCACGCCACGAGCUUCGUCGGCGCCUUCGGCAUGGACCGCGUCAUCCCGCCGCACCUCGCCACCUUCGCCGUCAUCGACUCGCUCAACACGUCGCGCUCCGCCGACAAGCUGUCCAUCUCCCUCAACGCCAGCCGCACCGGCCUCUACCUCACCGGGCCGCAGGACCUGUCGAGGGCGGAGGCCGCGUGGAUCGCCAAUGUCGUGGCCCUGGCGUCUGGGGACUCGACCGCGCUGGCGGCUGUCGGGCAGCCCCUCCUCGCCAGCGGUGACGCAGGUGAUAACGGCGAGCAGCUGGUCGCGGGCAACAAGCUCCGCAGGGAGACGGGCUGGGCAUGUGAGCCGCGGAUCGACCGCUAUGUGCGGCUCGGCCUGGGGGACGCGGUGCAGUUGGCGUCGGUGCCCAUGUCGCUGUCCCCUGCCGGUCUAGAGCUGGAUGUGGUCCGCCUCGGGAUGGGCCCGGGAGCCAUCCGCGGCUUUAGCGACGUCGACGCCGUCAAGACCUUUCUCGCCGGAGCUGCUCUCGACUGGUUCCUGGACGCCGGGGCUAGAGUCACGGCACGGAAUAAUGGAGGGGAAGCAGACAGCCAAGCGGCCUCUGAUCCCGCAGCCGCGGCCGGGGCGCGCGUCGCCUCGGGCUUCCGCCUGUACGAGCAGCGCCAGCGCAGUGGCCAGAUGGACGCCGUGCUCGACUACCGGCACCUGAAGCAAGCGCUCGCGUGCCUCGUCACGGGCGGCCGCGAGUGGACAAUAGCAUGCGCGUGCCAGGCGCGGCAGGUGCCGGGCGACCGGCACAAGUACCUGCGCAUCGCGCAGAACCCGGCGCUGAUCGACGCGGCGUUCGACGCGCUGACGGGCGUGGCCAUCAAGCCGCUGGCCGAGAUCCCGGCGGACCUGCGCGAGCUGCUCGACCUCGAGGGCACCAAGCUGCUGCUGCAGCGCAAGCACGAGCAGCGCGAGAUCGCCACGGCGCUGCACGCGCUCAUCACCGUUGCCGACGGGCUCGUGCGCACCGUCGUCGGUGAGAAGGCUGAGUAUGAAGUCGUGGGCGAGAUCGAUCCCGCGUACGAGAUCCAGAUCAGCUUGAUCAACACGACGGCGCACGGGGGGAUUGUCGUAUUUGCGCCUCGGGCUGCGGGUGGGGUCGAGUAUGAGAUUGUAUGUCCUGAUGUGCUGCGCCGGCCGGGCGACAACCAGCUCGCCGCGUACAUGCGUAGGGGGUGGAUUGUUGAGGAAGAUGGCCGUGUCGGGGAUGGCGGGCUGCAGAGAUACCGCCUGCUGGGCAAGACGGCCUUGUUCAUGCCGUUGGCGUUUGGCCAUGGGGACCAGGUCUUCAACCCGGACGCACUUAGGCGUUACGAGAGCGAGAGGAUUAUUGUUGGGGGCUGA